GUCUUUUGCACACUUUACAGUUAAAACUAAGGCUCAGACGUGUUAUAUAACUUUCAAGGCAAGAGGUAGAAAAUCUGAGGAAGAAUUCGAAUUUGAGCCUUUCCGCUCCGAGCCCGGGCCCUUUGUGCUGCGCAGGCUGCCCUGGGCAGACCCCGAAGAAUCAGGAUAAGGGUGUGGUGGCUGCACUCGUGCGUGCUCACGCGAACAGGCAGGGUUUCUGGCUCCUAGUGCGAGGACACGCGUGUUCAUAACACACAGGAAAGUUGAAGUAUUACAGCAUCUUAUCUGUGUAGAUUUGACGUUGGAUUUUAUAUCUUAAUUAACAGUGGGGGCUUUUCUUCUCCAAGAGAGGAUGGGCUUAAAAGUUAUCUAAAAGCCAGCUUCUAGAAUUGUGCAUCUGUUGGUAGGGGAUGGGAUGUAGUCAUUCCCGAAAGCUGAAAGUGGUGGAGAUUUGGAGAGUGUUUCAGCUCAGGGUAGGAGGAACUAGUCAGUCAAUUAACUCUUAUCCGUUUAUUGUGUGCCAGGGACUGUGCUCUGUCCUGGGGGUGCAAAGUUGUAUAAGACCUGGUCUCUGUUCUCCAGGAUCUUACAAUUUGAGGCUGAGGGGCAACUGUGUUGAUAGAUUGUCUACAACCAAAAGAAAGACCUUUCUUACAACUUCAGUUGCCGUAUCCAGGGCCUGCUUUAGUAGUGGAGUAGAUGGGCUUUUGUGGGAAAAUAUCAGUUCUGCCUGCCACCUGUCACUCCAAAACUACAACCCAUUCCUUUAGAGUUUGACUGCUUUUUAAAAAUGUAAGGAGUCCUUUUUGAUGUGAAAAUAAUCCGUUAGAGUUCUAUUUCUUUAUCAGCUGGAAGGUAAACCACACUAGUUUUUAAACGGAGCGAAUUUAAUAUAGAGUUAACUAGGUAUAAAGUUGUUAACUAGGUAUCUGAAAGGAUAAAAGGAGAUCUCUAAAAGUAUUGUGCAAGUGGCAGCUGUGGGAAGUAGUCACUACCCAUAGGACUGAGGAAACUAAGAGAAGUGGUUGGAAUUUGAAAACUUAAACUUAGUGGAAGGUCCCCUCGUAGCUGAAACUCAGAUCUCUAAGGAGGAGCUUGUGCUGCUCAGCUACGUGGAGGGGCCUGGCGAGUCUGGGAAGCAGGCCUUGGAGGAGGAGGCAGGACAUGUGAGGCUGUCUCUCAUGGGGGCACGGUGAUGAAGCUUGGCCUACAAGUGUCAGGAAAACUGCAGACUGGAUUCAGCUGCUGCUGCAGCGGAAGGCACUGCUGCUGCUGGGGCGAUGCUCAAAGUACUAGAAAGUGGACAGGAAGUCCCCAGGCUGCAGGAACAAGUCCCCUCUUCCCACUGCUGUCUUCCUGUGUCCCUCCGAGUGUCCCGACUCAUUGAGCAAGAUGUGGUCUACAGAGUCACACAGACCGCUGCAUAUUUGAUACAAGUUUCUUGUGCAUACCUUAACUGCUAGGACUGGUUGACACCCAGGGCUGAGAGUGGGAAGUGAAGCUCCUGGGGCACAGGAAGAGCCAACAGGGUAACAGGGUGAUACCGAGGAUGGAGGAAUUAAACUGCCCUGCUUCCCAGACAUUAAUAGAGGAUCCUAUUAGCACAUGUCUUUCUCCCUCAGUGUAUGAUAUGAUGUGUAAACUCGGGUUUGAAGUCAGAGAACACUGUGAUAUCAAUAGUAUUGUAACUCAGAAUGGUGAAGUGUGCUGGCAGACAAUUACAGACUGUGUGGUUUAUAGAGAGUCAGCCCAGGAUCUGGAUUAUUGGGGAAGCGUAAGGCUGCUGGGCCCUGUGUGUGAGGCCGUCCACUCACAUUUGUUAUCUUUGACCAAGGGGCAGUUUGAAAUUCGAUAUGCACCAUGGCUCCAGUGGACAAGUUUUCCAGAGUUAUUUCCUGAAAUAUUUGAUGCUUUGGAAAGUCUUCAAUCUCCCGCUAUUUCUCUCGGCUUAAUGAAGCUGACAUCGUGUCUGGAACGAGCCUUGGGAGAUGUAUUUUUACUGAUUGGGAAGGAAUGUCCCUUUCUUUUAAGAGAUUUGCUUGCAUCUGAGGAACUUGCUCAAGUCUUUGGGCAGUCUGUGAUGAACAUACUGAAAGUCUUCGUUGGCUCUCCGUGUGGGCUCAACCUGCGGAACGUCUUAUGGCACGGGUUUGCGUCACCUCAAGAAGUUCUUCCGAAAUACUGUUCAAUGAUGAUAUUGUUGACGGCAGGAUUGGGUCAACUACUGAAGACUUACCUUCAACAAACUAAGCUUACAUUGGCACAUCGACCUUUCAUAACUUUUACAAACUUAGAGGAUUUGAUUGUUUUCCCUGAUGUUCCUCGUGAGGUACUUUCAGUAUUAGAAGAAGUGAUGAAGAAAUCCACUUUUGUAUUAAAAAUCAUGUUGCCAUAUUGGGAAGUUGCAUUAAUCAAGUUCAAGUCACAGAGGUUUGCUGACUGUGCCAUAUUGUUACUGACACAACUAGAAAAUGGACUUAGGAAAGUUUUUGCCACAGUUAACAAAUGUCCAAAAAGACUUCUGACUGCCGAGUCGACAGCUCUUUAUACCACCUUUGAUGAAAUAUUGGCAAAACACUUGAAUGACGGCAAAAUCAAUCAACUUCCUCUUUUCCUGGGAGAACCUGCGAUGGAAUUUCUCUGGGAUUUCCUGAACCAUCAGGAGGGUCCUCGUAUAAGAGAUCAUUUAAGCCACGGGGAAAUCAACUUAGCUGGAUUUCCGAAAGAAAUAACAGAUCAACUGCUUGCAUUUUCUGUUGUACUUCUACUGAGAUUUGUUGAUGAAGAUCUAUUGUCAGUGUUUAAGGAGAAAGUAGCAAUAAAAUCACUGAUGAGUCUUGCAGAAGGCUACAGUGCUCGCUUUCAUCCAGUGUCUUGGCUUAAAAAACAGGUGCUGAGCUGUGAGAAGAGCAUCAGGGUUUGGCCCUGGCUGCCUUUGCCCGAAGAAGCCGAAAGGGAAGCAGCCAGAUCAGAAGGUAAUUCUGAAACAAAUGCCUGCAACUCUUUACUUACAAAAAUCACCUGUGAGCUGUAUCACCACAUGCCUGAGGAUCACUGUGUUGUUAGUGACUUGGAUGAUCUCCCUGCUGAGAAGUGGCCCCAGGUGCUCCGUGAACUCUGCAGCAUCCCCAUCCCAACCCUAUUCUGUCCCCGAACUGUGCUAGAGGUGCUCGCUGUGCUCCGGAACAUCAGCAUGUGCUGCACCCACGUGUCUGGCCAGGUGGUGGCCACCUUGGAGCUGAGACGCCAGCAGUGGGUGGAGAAGAGGCUUCGCUCCCGGCAGAGGAGGAACUUUCUGCGCAUGUUAAGCAGUAUUAAGCUUCUGUCUCCUAUGCUUUACCUGAUUUUAUUGCUGAUUGCACUGGAAUUUGUCAAUAUUCAUGAGGUUCAAGGAAAAAAUACUUAUGAAUAUCAGCAGUAUCUAAAGUUCUUAAAGUCGGUCUUGCAGUACACUGAGAACCUGGUGGCUUACACCAGCCCAGAGAGGAACAAGUGGGAUGAAGCUGUCAGUCUUACACACUCGGCUCUGCUGAAAAUUUGGACUUUCAGUGAGAAGAAACAAAUGUUAAUACAUUUAGCCAAGAAAUCCACAAGCAAAGUAGUCUUAUGAAAAUGCCUGUAAGUUAGGAUGCUUUUUGUUACAUCAGAAGAUCCAACUUGGAUAGACUUGAACAGCAAGUAAAUUGAAAAUCCAAAAGUG